AUGUCACUAUCCGACCAUUUUCGCGAAGCUCAAGACGAGAACCUACUAGCCGCAGCUGUGAUCCUACGCUUCUAUGAAGAAGUAGACCUUCCCCCAAUGGGUGAAGACAUUGGCAACGCCCUUCGAGGGAUAAAGAUAUUCCUGGACGCUCAAGCAACCACUGCAGUAUCAGGCUCCGGUCUUCGCCACGCAGCCUACUGGAUCGCCCUCCGCCAAGAAAUCGUAACAGCAUUCAGCAAACAACGUACUUUCCGCCUCCCCUUGGGCCCCUGUGAGCCCUAUCGAUCCUUUGAACCAGCCGACGACUAUGUCUGGGCCGACCGACUUGUCAUUCACUGCGCAGAUGUCCUACAAUAUUGUUUCGGAUCCGACGAGGAAACAUCUCGGAGUGGGCAGAUCCAAUUUGCUCCAAGUAUGGGUGGUCUUCAUCCUACACCAAUGGCCGAAAUGAAGGUUACUCGAUAUGACGAGCUUGUUGCGUUCGAGACGCUGUGGGAGAAACUUGGGCCGCCGAAUUUCAAGCCCAUCUACGCAAGGGAACCGGAUCGGGCUCGUGGAAAGGUUUUUCCGGAAUUGUGGUAUCUUAAUAACUGUCAUGUAGCGGGAUUGCAGUUUCUGGAACUGGCAAGGAUUCUGCUUACGGUUUAUAAUCCCAAGCUUCCACGUUUGGGGCCAGGUCAGAGGACGGCGAUGCGGGAGGUUGAUCGCAAGGUCCAGAAGAUUGUAUUGCGACUAUGUGGGAUUGCGCUUUCUAAUCAACAUAGUCCGCCUGGACUGGUGAUUGCGUUUGUUGCGAUUGGGAUGUGUGGAGAUCGGUUCACGGAUCGAAUUGAACAGGAGGCGCUUCUGGGUGUGUUGAGUAAGCUAGAGGCUGAGCAUGCGUAUCCUACGACUAGUACGCAGGACCUCUUAAAGGGAGCUUGGGGGUGGAGUGCAUAUGAUGCAUCAGAGUAA